AUCACAAUAGGUUUAAUAUUCGCUGUCUGUCUCCUAAAACAACACAACUGUGAUAACCACAUAACAUUGACUGGUGUUGAUAGGUUGAUGUUGUUGUCGUUGUUUUUUAAAAGUGUCCUAAUGGUAAGAUGUGUGAGUUUGUAUGUGAUUCAGCGUGUAGAUGGAUUGUGGUCAGUUUCUUGGUUAUUUGUUUGGCGUGUCAAUCGAAUCAAGUCACUCAAACCUGUGGCCGACUUUACGGUGUAAGCCAUGGAACAUCGCGGACGUGUGUGCUCGAGCCGAGCAGUAUUGUUGAGAGUUCUGCCAAAGUCGUUAUCCGAUGGUAUAAGGACCAGGUGGGCAUUGCUAAAGCCAAGAAUACGUUUAAUUUGACGAUUCAUCGAGACAGCACGUUUGAUUAUGGGGUAUACAGUGUCGACUGUUUUGAAUUCGUAAAUAAUCAGUAUGGUGAUGUGAUGUCGGCGUCAACAACGUGUACUGUCAAUGCUACAUUGUUCAAGAAUGAGGAAAACACGGAGAUAGCAACCACACCGUCGGGGCCUCAACUUGGAAGCAGUCUGGUAAUCCCUGUCACCGCAACCACCCCGCUUAAUGGUACUGUCAUUAGCGUCGUAGCUAUCUGCCUUGUCAUCAUCACCGUCAUCAUCGCUGGCACUGUACUGCUUGUGAAAAAGAAGAGGGUCUCGAUGGCCAAUGCAGGCGGUCGUCUAGUAGAAGACGAGGGAGCGAGAUCAGGGCCAUGUGUGGCGGAAGAUAGUAGCUCUAUAUACAACGAAAUUGACAUAAAUGCUGACGACUACGCCAGAAUCGACGGCAGUGCAGUUAUUAAAGACUCAAGGAAAAAAACGGUCGGACGAUCCCCAAGUCUUCCAAAACGACCAGAAAAUAAUGUUAAGUUAAGUGAAUCCGACAAUACAGUUGCCGACACCGGGGGAGCUUGUGCUAAAGACGCUAAGAACAACUACAACAAAGAUAUUGAUAAAGCUGGAGACAUAGUUGUGUAUGCAAAAGUCAAUAAGAGAAAAACAUUGAGCUCAAAAGACGAACAGAGAAAGUCACGAAAGUUAAAUGAAGGUGGGGGUCGUUGCCGCGGAAGCAUGUUGUUGCCUCACCAUGACGAUAUGUCCGGACCGACCUAUAAUAACAUCGCAAAUCAAGUUUCUAAGCAACACUCAUCUAAGGCUACAGAAUCAGCCGCAGGUAACGAGCUCCAAUACGCCGAGUUGGCUCAUGUCGAAGCAGACGACCCGGAGCGCGGGACUUCCUGUGGCGCAGAUGAUGGGGCUGGAGGAAUUGGAGCAUUGAAGUGCCAGUACGCCAGCAUUGACUUUGAGCAGAAGGCGUUUGUUGCCCCUAUAAGGAAGGCCCCGUCGUCUUGGUAUAAAUGGAAGAAUCGCAAAAAAGAAAAGAGUAAAUGUGACAAGUAAAGAUUAGUGAAAGGGGUGCGUGCUUUAUAUUCUUGAAAUAGAUUUUUUAACCACGUGGAGGUUGACAAUUAUGCAAGUAAAUAGAAUGUUUUAUCAAAUGUGAUAUACAUGUAUUUUAUUCAAUGGAAACUGAUUAUUUUUAGACGUGGUACUGUUGAAAAAAUAAUAUUUGAACUCAUAAAUAUUGUUUAUUUUUGUGGAAAGAUUUAUCCAAACUUUUUGCAUUAUAAUCAUUUUAUUUUGUUAUUUUGAGUAAUAGAUGUAUAGGAUGCAUAAAUGGACAGGGCCACACAAACGGGCAAGUUAGGGGUCUGUUUAUAUAAUUCACACAAACGGGCAUAUCUAUUUUAGAAACCCACUAAUGGGCAGGUUUUCUAAUGUCAUUAGGUAUUGCCGAUCUGAUUGACAGUCAACGUACAAACAACAUUUUGUGGCGCCACAGUUUCCACUGAACGAAAGAAAAUUUAUAACAAAAACACACGAGAAAUCGACUGUCUCUUUUGUUGUUUCAGCAAUUACUGUCAAAAGGUUUUGUUCCACAUGUUUGCAUUAUCAAUACUAUGUUUUAGCAAAUAUAAAACUUAAAAUUGUAAGCUUGGGUUGUUCUCCAGGCAGAAUAAACGAUUCCCAGGGAGGCCGAUUUUAUUCC